CGCUGUGGGAUUCCACACAACCGCAAUCAGCAAUCAUGGCGGCGGCCGUCGACAGUGUUGUGAAAGUACUGGGAGAGCAGUAUUACAGAGAUGCCAUGGAGCAGUGUCAUAGUUACAAUGCUCGUCUCUGUGCUGAGCGCAGCAUCCUCAUGCCUUUCCUGGACUCUCAGACUGGUGUAGCUCAGUCCAACUGUUACAUCUGGAUGGAGAAGAGGCACCGGAGUGCAGGUGUAGCUCCAGGGCAGCUCUACACCUACCCAGCCCGCCGCUGGAGGAAGAAACGGCGUUCUCAUCCCCCUGAGGACCCUCGUUUGGCUUUCCCACCUAUCAAAACAGCAGAUUUGGAUCUUGGUCUGAAGCGUGAUGCAUUGGGGCCUGUUGAUGGCAGCAGUCUGGAGGCCUUGCUGAAAGGGGAGCCUCUCGACAGGAGGAGCGGCAUAGCGGACAACCGCGGCCCAGAGGAUGACACAGCCGCUGUGGAGCCUCCUGCUACGUCCGCGGCCACUCACACAUCAUCUGGGCGCAUCCGCAAGCGAGUCCUGGAUCAUGAUGACUACUUGGAUGAUUUGGACGAUGAAGACUUUGAGGAUGAGACUCCCAAGAGACGGGGCAAGAGCAAGUCCAAGGGUCGCAGUGACAAGAACGGCAAAAAGAAAACAGAGGCUGCAGCCGCAGCGCUGGAGGAGAGGGACAAACCUUAUGCCUGUGACAUCUGUGGAAAGCGCUACAAGAACCGUCCUGGCCUGAGCUACCACUAUACGCACUCUCACCUGGCGGAGGAGGAGGGCGAGGACCACGAGGAGAUCGAGGCACCACCCACUCCUCGCCAGCCUGAGGAACAGAAGACUACUAAGAAGGGUCCCAAUGGGCUGGCACUUCCCAACGAUUACUGUGACUUCUGUCUGGGAGAUUCCACCUUAAACCAGAAGACUGGCCAAUCAGAGGAGCUGGUGUCAUGCUCAGACUGUGGACGCUCAGGCCACCCGACAUGUCUGCAGUUCACACCUGUGAUGAUGGCGGCAGUGAAGACCUAUCGCUGGCAGUGCAUUGAGUGCAAAUGCUGCAACGUCUGUGGCACCUCAGAGAACGACGACCAGCUGCUGUUCUGUGAUGACUGUGACAGGGGCUACCAUAUGUACUGUUUAACCCCACCCAUGACUGAACCCCCUGAGGGGAGCUGGAGCUGCCACCUGUGUCUGGCUCUGCUGAAGGACAAAGCUUCCAUAUACCAGCAGAACCAGAGCUCCACCCCCGAGUGAUGUCACAUCAGCAAGUGGGGACCCCCCCUCGGCAAAGAGCCCACCCCCAGUAGAAGACGCCAGACCUCGUCUCAGUUGGGAUGUCGGCGCUCUCUGUCCAGAUGCAGCUGACAGUCAGAUUACAGAUCAGUUUCAGAAGCCUUCAUAUCUACAGCGUUCAGAGGGGGGAGGGGUCUCAGAAACCAAAACAGACCUCAGAUCAGUCAAGAUGGGGAUCAAACCGUCACUUACCACUCUGCCUACAAAGUCCCUGCAGCUAGCCCUCAAAACACAUAUGUACAUAUCAGACUAGUACAACACAGUGCGCACACACACAUACACAGAGGAUACAGAGAGCAUGAAGUAACCAUAGUAACUGCUGUCUCCAUGGGAACUCCGAGGAGCAAACAGAUUAGCUUCACACGCUAAUUAUCUCCUUCAUGACGCAGUGUGUACUGUCAAGGUGACACAGUUUUUUUUUCUUCUGCCAAAUGAUCUAUUUUUACUCCCUGAAUGUGGGAGAAAAAAGAAAACUUCACAACGUGUAUUGUCAAAGAAUAUAAUUACUACUAUUAUUAUAUCAUUGUUAUUAUUGUUCUUGUUCUCGUGGACUUGAGUCACUGAUUGUCUUUUUGAGAGGUUUUCCCUGAGUGAAGCCAGUCAGUACCAAGGUUCAUCGUCAUCAUCAUCAAUAAACACACAGACCCACAGAGCUUACAAUCACUAAAACCUUCUAGUUCUAAUUUAAAAUGGCAGCAGAAAGAAUUCAUCCUUUCACUUCUUAGGGUGUUAGCACAAAAUCCUGGUUCAUGUUAUUACUAUACAGGUUUUGUCACUUGAUAUAUCAGGUAGUUUUCACCAAAACAUUAUACAGCUGAGCAUGUACUGUAGGUCGGGGCACAUGGGAUUGACACGUUCAUGUCAUUUUUAAUCCUCCAUCAGGCAUUGCUUUAAACUGUCAUUAUUUAAAGGUCCACUGUGUAAGAAUUAGAGAUGUCUAAUGGCGGGUUUCCACUAGUAUGACUCGACUCGCCUCGGCAUGAUGUGGCACGGUUAUUUUGCUUUUCCAUUAGCGAUAGUACCUGGUACUUUUUUUAGUAAUCGAGCUGAGCCGAUACUAUGCGUGACAUCGUGAGCAAGACGUCUGACUCGAGAAUCAAGCUGAACAAUGCCGACCUGUAGAUCAGACUUAACAAUCCUGAAAACGUGUGUUAAUCUCCAACUUUUCAUCACAUUUCAUCUCAUCGUUUAACAGGUAUAUUUAGCGACAGCACUGCUGCCAUUGUAUUUCAGGUCGGUGACCGUGUCAGACGGAGUCUGUGCUCCGGUCAUGGAGGAAGUACUGAACUAAUCGCUUAUAAAACAAAGUCGCAGCAGUUUCAUGGUAUUAUAGUAAUGGAAAACCAACCAAACCAUUAGGAGGCGAGGCAAAGCAGUACUAUAUAAUGGAAAAAAUAUAAUGGUGAGACAAACCUCUUUCCCAAGUGUGUCCAGGGAACUACGGUGGCCUUCACAUAACAGAAAGAAUGUUCUUUUGCAAAAUGUAAAACAUACCACUUUUUUCCUCCAUUGAUGAUGCUGUAGAGACAUGAAAGGCCUGAUAGUUUAUAUAAAAAGGUUUGUUCUAUGACAAACCUGGUUUAUUCAAUUUCUGCCAAUAAACCUUCCUAAAUGUUACACAUUGGACCUUAACACAACAGAAUCAGAUAAUUUUGUCGUCGGAGAAAUCCUAUUUUAGUCAAGAAUACAAACAUGGUAACGGGAAAUUUGCAACAUUUCUCAAAGAUAGUUAUUGUGGUAGUUUUUUUUAUAAACGGUUAGACAGUAACGUCACGGCCGCAUCACAUCAACUGUAGCUGUUUGUAUCAUUGGUCACACUGAGGUAGACUUGCAUGCAGACUGCAUCUGUACGAGUGCACGCUCACACACGCGCGUCACAAAUGUUUUUUGUCAUAUUUGUAUUUUUUUUUUUUACAUUUUAUAUUACCUGAUAAUCCAUUGGUAUUGGGAGUAUUUUCUAGUACAGUUUUGUAAAGUCUAUAUAUCGUAUAGCAACACUUCAAGUAUAUAGCUCCUGAUGCAUUUUAUGUACUGUAUUGACUUUUUCUAUUUUUGUUAUGACUGUGACAUGUUUGGAUUCAUUUGAUUAUUCUGAUAUGUCAGACCUCCAUUAUGAGUAUUUGUAAAAUGAUGUACUUUGUUGUACUGUUUUUAUUUUUUACAUUCAUUUGGUAUCCAAGCCAAUUUAGCCUGACUGAAAUAAUAAAAAAAAUUAAGUCACUUUAAA